AUGGCCUCGUCGGCUUCGCUGGAGACGGUCAUGCCUUCCGCCUGUAUCCGGACCGGAGCCGCCAACCCGGCCAAGAGCCUGGCCUUCUCCAUCGAGCGGAUCAUGGCCAAGGGCUCGGAGCCCCAUCACAAACCCGCCGCCGCCGCCUUCGAGGCCAGGCCAAGCGACUCUCCCGCCAAGAAGCUGCUAAGCCUCUGCUCGCCUCUGCCGGGCGUCAUCCCGGUCCAGCCGCUGCCGGCCUACGAGAUGCCCUCCAAGGCGCUGCUCAAUUACUCGGAGCUCUGGAAGGGCAGCUUGCGGCACUGCGGGGCCGCGGCGCUGGGAGGCUCGACGGGCGCCUUCUGCAAGAGCAACUGCGGCGCUUGCUGCAAAGGGGAGCUCCCGCCUCCGCCGCCCCUGGGCCAAGCCGCCUUGCCGGGGGCCGGCCGGGUGAUCAAGCCCCAGGUCAUCCACCAGACUCUGGCCCUGCCGGCCAACGGAUCUAGCCUCUACUACUUCAACUGCCUGGACUCUUCCGCCUAUCACCCGUCGGAGAUCCUCCAGGGCCAACUCUUCGCCUCGGGCCUUCUGCAUUCCCCCAGCCCGGCCGCAGCCGCCGCCGCGGCUGCCGCAGCCGCCUUAUCCGCCCAUCAAAAACUCUUCCUGCUGGAAAAUGCCAAGUUGGCCGCUUUGGCCCCGCCAGAGAAGUUCCCCAACCCCCAGUACCCGCAUAAAGAGCGUCUCCCGGGCCAGCUGGACCAGGUGAUGAAGGAGAACUCCAGCCUGGCCGUCGAGAGGCCCAGCGGGAAAGCCCACCACCACGCCAAGCUGGGCGGGGGGUCAAGCGCAGGAAGCGGUGGAGGCGGCACCUCGGCCGACGGGAAGCCCAAAAACUUCACCUGCGAAGUGUGCGGCAAGGUAUUCAACGCCCAUUAUAAUCUCACCCGGCACAUGCCUGUUCACACCGGAGCCAGGCCCUUCGUGUGCAAAGUUUGUGGGAAAGGUUUCCGCCAGGCCAGCACGCUCUGUAGGCAUAAAAUCAUCCACACGCAGGAAAAGCCUCACAAGUGUAACCAAUGCGGGAAAGCCUUCAACAGGAGUUCCACGCUAAACACUCACAUUAGGAUCCACGCCGGCUACAAACCGUUCGUCUGCGAAUUUUGCGGCAAAGGAUUUCAUCAAAAAGGGAACUACAAAAACCACAAGCUGACCCACAGCGGCGAGAAGCAGUACAAGUGCAGCGUCUGCAGCAAAGCCUUCCAUCAGAUUUACAACCUAACCUUCCACAUGCACACGCACAACGACAAGAAGCCAUUCACGUGCCUCACCUGCGGCAAAGGCUUCUGCCGGAACUUUGAUUUAAAGAAACAUGUGCGGAAGCUGCACGACCCGGCCGCCGCCGCCGCCGCCGCCGUGCCUUCCUCCAAAGAGCUCUCCAGGACCGGACCAAGCUAA